UUCAGCGGCGUCCUGUUUAUCUCAGGAGUGCUAGAAAGUUAAAACAUCCUCUUCUGGGUUAUACGGAGUAUACAAAUUUUUCAAACAGACGGACUGACCGUCAGACCACCCGACCCAUGAGUGGGUCGCGGGUCAGUUCUCGGAUCGUGGGUUGUCAUCGGAGUUGUGUAUAAAUUCUGUUUUUGGAAGUUAUUUGUUCCAUUUUCAAAUCACCGCUUAUUCAUUUUCUCUCUCUUCACAACUGCUCUGCCUCUCUUUCUCCUCAAACUCUCCGUCUCUCCGGACCUCAUCGCCGCCGCCCGUCCGGACCUCAACAUCGGCGCUGUCCACUUCCUCGUCGCCGCCGAUUUUCACUUCCUUUUCGCUGCCGCCGUCUUCUUCCUCUUCGUUGUCGCUGUCCUCUUCCUCUUCGUUGCCGUUGUCCACUUCCUCGUGUUGUCUCAGAGGUUUUCGACUGGUGUUUGACUGGUUGUUGUUCCUCUACUCUAUUGCUGCAUAAUUUAUCCUUCAUUCAUCUUUGUUUCAGUUCACAAAAUGAGGUCGAAAAACGCUAACAAACCAUCUGAUUAUCAUGAUGCUGGGAAGUCGAGUCAAGAUGUGGAAGCUAGUGCGAGGCCGAGUGAAGAUAUUCCAGCUAGUCCAAAGCUGAGUGCAGAUGAGAGGAAAGUAGGAAGAGGGUCAAAGAAGUCCAAAGUUAAAUUAGAAUAUACGGAAGAUGGCGGGGAAGUUGUAGAGUUGGAUAGGGGUUACAAACUAAGUUGUAGACCAGAGGUGUUGAUUAAUCUUCUUGAUAUUAUAAAGAAGAAUGAUAACAAAGUGAAAGCUAUUAAAGAAAUUGGUUUUGGUGGUUUGUUGAGUAUUCGACUUCAUGACAUCAACACACGCCUUGUUCCAUGGCUACUUCAGAAUUUUAAUUGUGUUGGUCAUAUGCUCUAGUUUAGAAAAAAUCAUAAUGCUCAGUUAUAUGACUAUGAUGUCUAUUACGUCUUUGGCUUGUCAUGGAACAAGGAUGUUGAUGUUUAAGAGACGCCAAGAAAGCGGGUUGAAGGAGAUGCCAACCAUGCAAUGAUUCAGAGAUGGAAUGAGAAGUUCCACAAGAAACCAACUGUGCAGGCUCCCACCUUGGCGAAGUUGGAAUUUUUUUUGACAACAAAUGAGUGUGGAGAUGAAUUUAAACGUGCCUUUGUGGUAUAUGUUUUAGGUGUCUUUUUGGCUCCUACGUCUAACCGUUUGUUAGACAUCAAAGUUCUCAAGGCUGUUGAGGAUGUUUCACAGAUUGUGAAACAAUGUUGGUGUAAAUAUGUGUUACACCACCUUGGUUCGGCUGUCGAGAGGUGGAAAGAGAGCGCCAAGAAUGACAAAGUUGGUGGCUGUCUUCUAUUUUUGGAGAUAACUUAUCUCCAAAGGUCGUUAUUUCGGGGUGUAGUCCCCCCUAAGGAAAUCCCACUUGUUCAACAUUGGAAUGAUGAACAAGUGACUGAACGUCUGGUCCCCGAGGAGAAGAUGGGUUUUGGGGUAACUUUUGUUGAUAUAACCAGCUAUCCCGUGUCUAAGACUUUUGAUGAUUUGUUAGGGGGUCUUAACCCUAUCAAACUCGAGGUUCCUGAAGCUCCUGCUGCUCCUGCUGCUUCUGCUAAACCUUCGGAAUGUGCACCGGAUAAUUCCCAAGCUGAUCGAAGCAGGAUUAUUGAGUUCCAUAUUCCGGAAAGUCUUCAAACUGAUGCUGAAAUUCAAGAUACCUGUGAUGAUGUAAGUCGUGAUUAUGUUCAUAUUUAUUUUUGUUGUAUUGUUUUUUUUAAUGAAUCUUGUUACUUCCUCCGUUUUUGAAAGUUCUUUACGCUUUGGAAUACGUGUCCAAAACAUGAAAACUUUGUCCGUAAAUUAUCACUAUUAUAUACAUCAAAACGUUACAUGUAAAAUCUUGUUGGAUUGGUCUCGAUAUGUAUUUUCAUAAUAUCAACUUUUUAUAAUUUUUUCACGUACGAAAUUGGAUAUAUUAGUAGUUAAAUAUUGCAUUGGAGUCCGUGCAAAUAGUAACUGUAAAGAACUUUCUGAAACGGAGGUAGUAAUAGUUAACCUCUUUUGUCAAUUAGUUAACCUUUUUUUUUCAACUAGUAAACCUUUUUUUUCAAUUAGUUAACCUAUUUCACCAAUAGUUAACCUUUUGCUUAAAUUAGUUAACUUUUUACAGCAAUUAGUUAACUUUUUCCAUCAAUUAGUUAACAAAUGUUACUUGUUUUAUGAAUUAGUUAACCUAUUUCAGCAAUUAGUUAUUUUAUUUCAUCAAUUAGUUAACUAUUUUUUCUCUAUAAGUUAACUUAUUUUUUUAAUGAAUCUUUCCAAUAGUUUUAUAUUCAUCAUUUCAUCAAUUAGUUAACUUAUUUCAUCAAAUAGUUAACCUUUUUCCUUCAAAUAGUUAACCUUUUCUUUCAAAUAGUUAACUUUUUACAGCAAUUAGUUAACUUAUUUGUUUUAUGAAUUAGUUAACCUAUUUCAUCAAUUAGUUAUCUUUUUCCAUGAAUUAUUUAAUUAUUUAGAUAAUUCAAUUAGUUAACUAUUUAGCUGUUGUUUUCUUUCCUAAUUUUUUUUUGUGUGAAGGAAUUGCAAUUAGCAAUGAAAAUAUAUUUCCGUGAUUUAUAUGUUGUGUCCAGUUUCCGUAAGGACCGUAUAAAUCUGUUAAAGAGUAGGCGACAAGAAUUGUCAGACAGUCCAGGAUAUAAUGAUUCUAUGUUUUUGGAGAUUAUUGACUCAAUUGUUGCCUAUGCUGAACACUUGAAAAAAGAAAACAAUAUUUUUGAUGAUGAUGCUCGUUGUGAUAACGCUGGUGGUGGUUCUGUUGAGAAGUCUCCUUCUCAUGUUGGUGCUGGUGAUAAGGGUCCCGGUGAUAAGGGGCCUGGUGAUAAGGGUCCAAUUCAGAAGAAUGUUAUUGGUUCUGAAAAUGUUGCUACCAAAGCUGCUGAACCUGAACGAAAAGCUAGGAGUUUUUAUAGCAGUCUUCCCAUUGGUUCUGCUACAGAAGACGUGCACUGCAUAUCUGACUUAAUGGAGAGAUUUCCAAAGACCCUCGGUCGUCUGAGGAAACUAGAAAAAGAAGUUAUUGAUUUCUGUUUCUUGGAUGAUGAGGUACUUGAUCAAAGGUAAGUUAACAUUUAGUUAUAUUUUGACAUAAAUUAGUUAACUAUAUAUGUCAUUUAGUUAAGAUUUUUCAUGAAAUAUUUUACAUAAUUCAUUAUUUUACUUAUUUAUUUGUUUUAAUUUUUGUGUAACAGGGUUGAAAUUUUUGUUUUUGGGAUGCUUCACAAAAUAACAAGGGAGGAAGUCUUCCCUGGGAUGCACUCAGGAACCAAACAUUGCACUUCCUCCCUUGUUAUUUUGUGAAGCAUCCCAAAAACAAAAAUUUCAGCCUUGUUACACAAAAAUUAAAACAAAUAAAUAAGUAAAAUAUUGAAUUAUGUAAAAUAUUUCAUGAAAAAUCUUAACUAAAUGACAUAUAUAGUUAACUAAUUUUAUGUCAAAACAUAACUAAUUGUUAACUUACCUUUGAUCAAGUACCUCAUCAUCCAAGAAACAGAAAUCAAUAACUUCUUUUUCUAGUCUCCUCAGACGACCGAGUGUCUUUGGAAAUCUCUCCAUUAAGUCAGAUAUGCAGUGCACUUCUUCUAUAGCAGAACCAAUGGGAAGACUGCUAUAAAAACUCCUAGCUUUUCGUUCAGGUUCAACAGCUUUGGUAGCAACAUUUUCAGAACCUUCAAUAUUCUUCUAAAUUGGACCCUUAUCACCAGGUCCUUUAUCAUCGGGACCCUUAUCACCAGUACCAACAUGAGAAGGAGACUUCUCAACAGAACCACCACCAGCGUUAUCACAACGAGCAUCAUCAUCAACAGUAUUGUUUUCUUUUUUCAAGUGUUCAGCAUAGGCAACAAUUGAGUCAGCAAUCUCAAAAAACAUAGGAUCACUAUAUCCUGGACUAUCUGACAAUUCUUGUCGCCUACUCUUUAACAGAUUUAUACGGUCCUUAUGGAAACUGGACACAACAUAUAAAUCACGGAAAUAUAUUUUCAUUGCUAAUUGCAACUCCUUCACACAACAAAAAAAGAAAAAUAUUUAGGAAAGAAAACAGCAGCAAAAUAGUUAACUAAUUGAAUUAUCUAAAUAAUUCAUGGAAAAAUAUAACUAAUUGAUGAAAUAGGUUAACUAAUUCAUAAAACAAAUAAGUUAACUAAUUGCUGUAAAAAGUUAACUAUUUGAAGGAAAAGGUUAACUAUUUGAUGAAAUAAGUUAACUAAUUGAUGAAUAUGAAACUAUUGGAAAGAUUCAUUAAAAAAUAAGUUAACUUAUAGAGAAAAAAUAGUUAACUAAUUGAUGAUAUAAAAUAACUAAUUGCUGAAAUAGGUUAACUAAUUCAUAAAACAAGUACUCCCUCCGUCCCUUAAUCCUCGCACCGCUUUCCUUUUCGGGUCGUCCCUUAAUACUUGCACCGCUUCUAUAAAUGGAAAUCUUUACCAAUAUUAUAUUAUUUCUCACACUUACCUAUUACCCCACCUACACCCAUACUCCCUACAAAAAAUCAUUUAAAAAUCAUCAUUCCCUACUCACCACUUCCCACCCUUACACAUUUCCCACUAACUAUAUUAAAAAAAUAUCCCACUAUCAACUAACACCCAUUAAAUUAAUAAGUCAAUUCAAAUGUCUUAAACUCCGCACCGGUCAAACCGGUGCGAGUAUUAAAGGACGGAGGGAGUAACAUUUGUUAACUAAUUGAUGGAAAAAGUUAACUAAUUGCUGUAAAAGUUAACUAAUUUAUGCAAAAGGUUAACUAUUGGUGAAAUAUGUUAACUAAUUGAAGAAAAAGGUUUACUAAUUGAUAAAAAAAGGUUAACUAAUUGACAAAAUAGGUUAACUAUUAAAAAGAUUCAUUAAAAAAACAAUACAACAAAAAUAAAUAUGAACAUAAUCAUGACUUACACAUCACAGGUAUCUUGAAUUUCAGCAUCAGUUUGAAGACUUUCCGGAAUAUGGAACUCAAUAAUCCUGCUUCGAUCAGCUUGGGAAUUAUCCGGUGCACAUUCCGAAGGUUUAGCAGAAGCAGCAGGAGCUUCAGGAACCUCGAGUUUGAUAGGGUUAAGACCCCCUAACAAAUCAUCAAAAGUCUUAGACACGGGAUAGCUGGUUAUAUCAACAAAAGCUACCCCAAAACCCAUAUUCUCCUCGGGGACCAGACGUUCAGUCACUUGUUCAUCAUUCCAAUGUUGAACAAGUGCGAUUUCCUCAGGGGGGAUUACACCCCGAAAUAACGACCUUUGGAGAUAAGUUAUCUCCAAAAAUAGAAGACAGCCACCAACUUUGUCAUUCUUGGCGCUCUCUCUCCACCUCUCGACAACAGAACCAAGGUGGUGUAACAUAUAUUUACACCAACAUUGUUUCACAAUCUGUGAAACAUCCUCAACAGCCUUGAGAACCUUGAUAUCUAACAAACGGUUAGACGUAGGAGUCAAAAAGACACCUAUAAAAACAAUUAGAUAAUUACAUAAACCAAUAAGUAAAGCAGUUACAUCAAUUAUUUAACCAUUUAUUUCAAUCAAUUACACUAAGAAGAAAUUAGUUAAGCAAGCAAAGGAAUUAGUCAACAAUACUCAUUGCUGAAAAAAGGUAAACUAUUUUAUGAAAUAGUUUAACUAAUUGAUGAAAAAAGUUAACUAUUUUACGAAAUAGAUUAACUAAAUUAUGAAAUCGGUUAACUAAUUGAUGAAAUGCUGAAUAUGAAACCAUAGGUAUUUCAUUAAAAAAAAUAGGUUAAUUAAUUGAUAAAAAUAGUUCACUAAUUGAUGUAAAAAGUUAACUAAAUUAUAAACAAAGUUAACUAAUUGUAAAAUAGGUUAACUAAUUGAUGAAAAAAUUAACUAAUGGAUAAAAAAGGUAAAAUAAUUGUUAAAAAGGUUAACUAAUUAAUGAAAAAGGAAGAAAAAUUAAUGAAAAAGGUAAACUAAUUAAUGUAAAUAGUUAACUACCUACUUGCUGUUAAAAGUAAAUAAGUUAAGCAUCAAAAAAAAUUAGAAAUAUUUUACCUAAAACAUAUACCACAAAGGCACGUUUAAAUUCAUCUCCACACUCAUUUGUUGUCAAAAAAGACUCCAACUCCGCCAAGGUGGGAGCCUGCACAGUUGGUUUCUUGUGGAACUUCUCAUUCCAUCUCUGAAUCAUUGCAUGGUUGGCAUCUCCUUCAACCCGCUUUCUUGGCGUCUCUUAAACAUCAACAUCAUUGUUCCAUGACAAGCCAAAGACGUCAUAGACAUCAUAUUCAUAUAACUGAGCAUUAUGAUUUUCUCCAAACUAGAGCAUAUGACCAACACAAUUCAAAUUCCGAAGUAGCCAUGGAACAAGGCGUGUGUUGAUGUCAUGAAGUCGAAUACUCAACAAACCACCAAAACCAAUUUCUUUAAUAGCUUUCACUUUGUUAUCAUUCUUCUUUAUAGCAUCAAGAAGAUUAAUCAACACCUCUGGUCUACAACUUAGUUUGUAACCCCUACACAAAACAAAAGAAUUUAAAACAAAGAAUAUGUUAAAGGAAGAAAAGAAAACAGUUAUACUAAAUGCUUGACAUUCAUAGCUUUGAAAAGAUAAUUACAUAAUCAAUUUUGAACUAA